AUGUCAUUAAUUACACAAACCAAUAAAACAUAUCCUUAUUAUGAAAAAUUUAAAGUUGAUGUAUCUACAGCAAGGGAAACUUUAUCUGCAGCAUUAAGUAUUGAUGAAAAAAAUGAAGAUUUGGAACAUAAAAAAGAAGCUAUUGCUAUGUAUGAAUUAGCUAUACGCCAAUUUCGUCAUUGUUUAAAUUUAAAUUUAGCAGGAAGAUACCCACCAUCAUUGAAACCAGAGAUAGAAAAUACAAAAAAUAUCUUGGCAAAGCAUAUAUCACAAACAAGAAAUCGAGUAACAUUUUUAAGAAAGAUGGUUAAUGGUGAUACAUCAACAACACAACAAUUUUCUUCUACACGUGAUAUGAUAACAAAUGAAGGAAAAAAUUUAUUAUUGAAAGGUGUAAAUAAAAAAUUCGGUGAAAUGUUAUUAGAAACGGUUAUAGAAAGUACAAAUGUUAAAUUUAGUGAUGUAGCUGGUAAUGAAUAUGCUAAAAGAGCCCUAGAAGAAGCAGUUAUUUUACCAUAUUUGAAUCCUUCAUUAUUUACAGGUCUUAGAAAUCCAACAAAAGGUAUAUUAUUAUUUGGACCACCUGGUAAUGGAAAAACAAUGCUUGCUAAAGCUGUUGCUAAUGAAUCAAAAUGUAUUUUUUUUAAUAUUUCUGCCGGUGAUUUAACAUCAAAAUGGGUUGGUGAAUCAGAAAAAAUUAUUACAACAUUAUUUUCAAUGGCAAGAAAUGCUAAAUCUGCUGUUAUCUUUAUAGAUGAAAUUGAUUCUAUCUUAUGUGAACGUUCCAAUUCUGAUAGUGAAGUAGGAAGGAGAAUGAAAACACAAUUUUUAAUACAAUUUGAUGGUUGUGCUACAGAUAAGAAUGAUCGUGUUUUAGUAAUAGCUGCUACAAAUAGACCAUUUGAAUUAGAUGAAGCUAUUAUAAGAAGAUUUCCUAAAAGAAUAUUUAUUGAUUUACCUAAUGAAGAUGCUAGAAUGAAUUUUAUAAAAAAUACCCUUGAACAAAAUCGUGCUUCAAAUGGUUUAUCGAUAACAGAUCUUCGAAGAAUUGCCAGAGCAACAGACAUGUAUACAAAUGCUGAUUUAAUUGCUUUAUGUAGUGAAGCAGCUAUGGUACCCUUAAGAAAUGUAUCAAGAGAUAAAAUAACAAAAAUUACGCAAUCACAAAUACGGCCAAUAACAUUUAGUGAUUUUUGUGAAGCAUUAAAAGUUAUAAGACCCUCAACAAAUAGAGAUAAUCUAGCAAAACUAGUAGAAUUUGCUAAAAAUUCUGGUCAAAUGAGUUCUAAUUCUACUUCUGCCAGAUCUGUUUAUUGA